AGUUACGCGUUCAAAGUUGGGCGCCAAUGCCGCUAAAGUAAAAGAAUGAAGGAUGCUGAGAACUAUUCUCUUUUGAGAAUGAGUGAAAGUGAACGGGCAGUUCGGCAAUAGAGCUUACAGUUGUGGUUCGUUCUCUGUAGCAUGUAGUGGGGUGAUUGCGGACUUAAUAAGUGGGGCAAUUUUUGUUAAAAUAUAAACAUUAUUUUUGGAUUUAUUUUUGAAGGAUAUGUGCUAAUGAAAAUAUAGAAAUAUUUAAUAAUGUGGACUCUAGUCAUUUCGAAUUUGGCUUUUUGUUUUUAUUUUCCAUUACUUGUUCAAAGCGCAUCGGAUUCAUCAGGAAUUCAAGAAAACCAUUCAAGCACAGUAUCAUUGCAUCGAAUAGACAUUCAAGGUCAUUUAUAUCCGCACUACUUGCAAUUUCGGCGGAAAGGGCAAGCUAUUUGGCAUAGUAAAACACGAUACAAGCUACAGGGUUUAAAUCACACCUGGAUUAUUGAGCUUCUGCCAUACCAUCAACUUCAUCGUCUCUUGAAAUCCAACCUUACAAGGUUGGAACCUAGGACUCUUAUGAAAUCAAGAUGUUACUAUAAAGGUCGAAUAUUAGGAGAAACUUUAUCAACUGUAAAAGUGAGCCUAUGUAAAGGAAUGACAGGUGAUAUUCAUACAUCCACCGGUGAUUACGUCAUUUAUCCAAUAUCAACAUCAGACAAGAAUCAUUCUCAUUUACAUAAUUUAUCUCCUUUACAUACUGUCGAUUCGUCUCGUCGGUGGCGACCGCUUGUAGCAGAUGAUAUUCAUUUCUGUGAUACAAAUGGUAUUUAUAAUCAGAUUAUAAUUUUUUUUAUCAUUUUUAUGUUAUAAAAUUACCUUACUGAUUGAUUUACUCGAUAAAAUUACUCUUCCAACGCUAUCAGCCUCAAGUUUUGAUCAAAAAUUAUCAAGGUUUGUUACAUAAUCCAACUGCUUUAUCUGGAGCAUCAUUGAAAAUUGGCAUAAUGUAGAUAGAUUCGUUGUCCGGUGACGCAGUUAUUAACUACGUCAUGUCUGUGACGUUUUACAGAAUCGUCACAAGCCGUAAUUUUGAUAUUUUAUGACAUCACAUAUGUCAUUGCAUCAUUAAGAUUGUUUAAAGUAUUAUUUUAUUUAAUUAAGAGAACGCUAUACCUUUUGAGAAACUUUCCAUCGCAAAUUCUGUUUCAUCUCCGUAUCUAAUUUGAAAUAUAGAAAAAAUGAGUUUUGACAAAGCUACAGUAGGCAAUGAAAAUUUAAAGACAAAAAGGCGUGCAGAUAUUUUUGUGUUCUCAAUCAGUUUUCCUUUUUAAGCUUUUUUACAGUUUCACAUUACUUCUUCAGGGCCAGCGCUAAGGAUUUCAAAUGAAUA